UGUUUGCUGAUGAUGGAGGAAGAAGAGGAGGAGGAAGAGGAGGAGGAAGCCUGGCUGCAACUCCGACCGACUGAGCCUUUGCCGACCCAGUGCUGCGGCGGCGCCUGCAAACCCUGCAUAUUUGACAUCUAUCACCAGCAACUCUCUCGAUGGAAAGAAGCCCGGGUCAAGAAAGACAAGAGUCUCCUGUGGAGAAAGAAAGAAGAGAGCCGGCCGUUGGAGCUGAGCCCGGAGACGUUCCUGGCGUUCGGCGUCAGCGCCGUGGAGUGGCUGACCGAGGACACCUGCCAGGUCCGCUUCGCGCUGCCUGGGAAUCGGCAGCUGGGGCUGAGCCUGGGACAGCACCUCAUCUUACGGGGGACCGUGGACGGCCUGGACAUCCAGAGAGCCUACACGCCCAUCAGCCACAGGAAGGCCGAGGGCUACUUUGAAGUUUUAAUUAAGUGCUACGAGACGGGGCUGAUGUCCCAGUAUGUCAAGUCUUGGAAAGUUGGUGAUACGGCGUUUUGGCGAGGACCUUUUGGGGGCUUCCCCUAUAGACCAAACCAGUAUGGUGAGCUCCUGAUGCUGGCUGCAGGCACCGGCCUGGCGCCCAUGCUGCCCAUCCUCAAGGACAUCACGGACGAUGAAAAGGACGAGACGUUCGUCACCUUGGUUGGCUGCUUCAAGACCUUCGAGGGCAUCUACCUGAAGCCCCUCCUUCAGGACCUGGCUCGCUACUGGAACGUUCGAACCUUCUUUGUACUCAGUCAGGAAGAUUCCCUGGACAGGCUCCCCACGAGUUACCGGGAGAAGACCCACCUGGGCCGCCUGGGCCCGGCCCGGAUCCGGGAGCUGGUCGGCUCGUGCCGGAAGAAGCCCUUCGCCCUGGUGUGCGGCCCGGCCCGCUUCAACCAGGACGUGGCCCUGGGCCUGCGGGGGGCCGGGCUGCCCCAGGACGCCCUCUUCUUGUUCUAGGCUCGCUGCGGGGGAGAUGAGAGGAGCCCAGGCCGACCCAGAGAGCUCCUCCCUCACGCCUCCCCUUGCAGGCCUGCAGGGACGGGGAGCUCACCCCCUCUGGGGCUGCCCACUGCCGCAGGGGAUUUUUCCUGACACAGAGCUGAGAUCUGCCUCCAGCUUCCCCCCAGGAGGACCCAAAGGGAGGCUCUGCUGGGACUCUGAGGCUUCUGGGCUGAGCUGCCCGAGGGGCUGGCCACGGGCUCGGGCCCCUCCUGGUUCUGCCUUCAGGGCUGAGCUUAGAAUCUCAGGCCAGAGGAGGCGGGCCAGGGGCAGCUCGUCCCACUGCUGGUCCCUCAAUGGACUCCCCAGUGCCACUGGAGCGGUCAUCCUCCUGCUGUAGAGUACUCCCGGUGACAGAGAGCUCACUACCUCACGAGGCUGCCCAUCCCGGGCCCUCGUUGCUCGCUACGGGCGCCGGGCACCGGCGGGGGCACGGAGGGAGCCUCAGCUCGGGAGGAGGAAAGACAAACGCGCCAUUGCACGCUGCGUCUUCCGAGCCAGCCGGGAUGGCAGGAAAGCCCAGCAGGCUCUGCCCUCCGCACCCCCUUAAAGAGGGUCCUGUGUGCGAGGGGGGGCGGCUCAGGACUCGGGACAGACGGGCCGCAGCUCCCAGCCGCUGGGCCGGGGUCACAAUUCUCAUCACUAAAUAAAGUUUUCUCACCAGACAGAAGCUGGCCCAGACCGUCAUUGAGUAGAAGAGAGCUGGGCCGGCUCCAGAACCGAGUCCCGGGCCGGGGUCAGGGUGGUGCACCCGUGAGGGCGCUGAACGGCAAAGGCGGCAUUUGAACCCAGGACCUCUGUGUCUGUCUGAACCUGCCCUUCCCUCUUCACACGCUGCCCGAGGGCCGGCCGCAGGCUCCAGCCCUUCCUGCCAGGCCCUCCUUCCCUUCUCAGG